GCUGGCUGAUGAAUCCAUUCACUGGGGACAACUAUUCUCAUUUCAGAUGUCGAUAUUUUAAAGUGGAGCGUAAUGACAGCAGGACAUAUCUUCACGGGGUUUUUAAGGCAUGAUCAGCUGCUUUCUAAUUAUAGUUGUGUUCUAACUUUUGGCAACCUCUCUGAUGGAGCUGGAAUGCUCCCCCACCCCCCAGUAAAGGUUGGAAUGGAGCAGGCCCUGGGAUUGGAGCGAGCUGAGUUAAAGGCUGCACAGCAGCUGGAGUCGCCUCCGGUACUGUACUCCCAGUUAUUUCCGUCCAGCCAGUUAACAGUGCAACUUAGUGGAUAAAGCAGAUUCAUAAUUGUCCUCCCAUGAAGAGAGGUCAGGAAAUGGCACCGACGAAGACACAUGAAGAUGUUCCAAUCUGCUGCUGGGGCAACGAUGUCAAUCGGGAUUGAAGCAAAAUCAAAAGCAGACAGAAAACGGCCGGCCACCAGUAAGAGUCUCGGACACCAGUUCAAACAAACUCUGAACAUUGCUUACUAGCAUAACCAGAUUGGUUAAUAGGAAGCUCCAAAACGGAGAAUGUUUUUUCCCCCCGCUGCUCUAAAUGCCAUCUAAUGACUCCAUAUCAGGGGUAAACUGGGUUUUCCUCGGAAUCAAGGUGACACACAUGGUAAAAUAAGAUUGGCACCAAUUGUAUUUUUGAGAUAAACUCGUAAUCCUCCGCUUGAAGCAGGCAGUUCUGCAAUACAGGAGUGCGGCUGGUGACUAAGAAUCAAUCUGGCUCAUUGAUAGGAUCUGGAGAUGAAGGCAGCAGUGAAUCUCCCCACUCGGUUGCAGACAGCAAUGUAAUGCAAUAGCCCAACAGAUAUGGGUUCUUAGCUUGAUAAGAAGCCAGAAGCUUAAUAGAAUUCUGAUCUGUUUCCAUUCUCACCUUGCCACUGACACCCACAUCCCAUCAACAAACUUUAAAAAAAGUACUGUACUGUUUCCAAGGCCAGUAUAUUUUUUUAAGGCUUAGUGGCCAAAACUGGAUACAGUGCUUGUAAUGGUACUGGACCAACGUUCCUGUACAGCAUAUUUUCUGAUACCAGCAACAAAAGCUUGAGCUGUGCUUGAAGAUCACAUUUCCAUUAGGCAUAUCCAGUAUUUAACCGGGGAGAUCAGUAAAAGAGGUGGUGUGGCUUUACAGCGAGUUUCUAUCUUUCAGCAAUGGACUCCAUCGCCAUCAUGAGGAAUGCAAAAGAUGCUAGUGAGACCUUCUUACCAAAUGGCAUGAGCAGCUUUAAGGAAGCACCCAAGUCUGCUAUAGGGAUUUUAGGAAGUGGAGAUUUUGCAAAAUCAUUGGCGAUCAGAUUUAUCAGAUCUGGCUACUCUGUUGUAAUAGGGAGCAGAAACCCCAAACGAGCUGUUGGGUUCUUCCCUCCUCUUGUUGAUAUCGUGCAUCAGGAAGAUGCUGUUAUGAAAACCAAUCUCAUAUUUGUUGCUAUGCAUCGAGAGCACUAUACUUCCUUGUGGGACCUCAAGCACUUAAUGGUAGGCAAAAUCCUUGUGGAUGUGAGUAACAAUGUGCGAAUAAACCAGUACCCAGAAGCCAAUGCAGAGUAUCUUGCUUCACUAUUCCCAGAUUCCACGGUGGUAAAAGGCUUUAAUGUAAUAUCUGCCUGGUCGUUGCAAUUUGGUCCAAAAGAUGGUAACCGACAGAUAUACAUAUGCAGCAAUGUGGUGGAAGCCCGACAACAGAUAAUCGAACUUGCUCGGCAGCUGGACUUUAUCCCAGUUGACAUGGGAGCGUUGGCUUCAGCGAAAGAGAUAGAAAACAUGCCCCUGCAUCUCUUUACCCUCUGGAAAGGCCCUGUGCUUGUGGCAAUUGGCUUAUCCAUAUUCUUCUAUAUAUAUUCAUUCAUCCGAGACAUUGUUCACCCCUAUGUGAAGAACAGACAGAGUGACUUCUAUAAAAUUCCAAUUGAAAUUGUGAACAAAACCUUGCCUGUAGUUGCUAUUACCCUCUUGUCGCUCGUGUACCUAGCAGGAUUGCUGGCGUCUGCUUUUCAGCUGAAUUCUGGAACUAAAUAUCGCCGAUUUCCUGCCUGGCUGGAACAUUGGCUGCAGUGUCGCAAACAGCUGGGGCUUUUGAGUUUCUUUUUUGCCUCUGUUCACACUGUGUACAGUCUCUGCCUUCCAAUGCGACGCUCAGAACGCUACUUCUUCCUCAACAUGGCCUAUCAGCAGGUUCACAUCAACAUUGAAAAUUCCUGGAAUGAGGAGGAGGUGUGGAGAAUGGAAAUGUAUAUCUCCUUUGGAAUUAUGAGUCUGGGUCUGCUCUCAUUGCUAGCAGUUACAUCAAUCCCUUCAGUCAGCAGUUCUCUGAAUUGGAGAGAGUUCAGCUUUAUUCAUUCUACACUUGGCUAUGUGGCUCUCCUUAUCAGCAGCUUCCAUGUUCUGAUUUAUGGAUGGAAAAGAGCCUUUGAGGAGCAGUACUACAGGUUUUACAUGCCACCAAACUUUGUACUAGCUCUUAUUCUGCCUUUCACAGUCAUCCUUGGGAAACUUAUUUUGUGGCUUCCAUGUAUCAAUAGAAGAUUGAGAAAGAUACGCAAGGGUUGGGAGAAGAACCACUUCACAAAUGAUACUUCAACAACAGUGCUUCAAGCAUCUCCAGAAAGAGUUACCGUUAUGUGACAUUUUACCAAAAUUUGAUUCCCAUUAAAGCCAUUUAACUUUAUGAAGUGAAAACUGCUGUGUCAAGUUUGUUUAAAUAUGUUGUAAAUUAUUGGCAAAUCAACUUAGAAACUCCAGCUGUAUUUCUUUGCCUGAUGUCUCAUGAUGGAGUAUAUAUUGUGUCUAGUAGUGAAUAGUGUGUGAGAAUCCAUGGUUAUCUCACCAGGUGAACUCAGUUUAAGAGUAGCAGGUUAUGACUUCAAUCCUCUGUUUAUAUUAUACCAAAUUUGAAAUUGAACACAUUAAAUGAAUUCAGUUUGUAAAUGAUCUAAUGCAGUGAUUAAAAAUGGUAAACGUUUUAGGACUGUGUUGUAUAGGUCCUGUCAGGAGAAUCUGUUCAAUGAUUUUACUUCCUGUUCUGUUGCUUUUCUGUUCUCUCCCUAACAUUGCCAAGAAUACUCUUGGGAAUCUGGACUCCAAGUACCAUGCAAUCCUAACAUGUACUUAAUUGUAAAAUAACUUAAAUUAUUCAAUAAACAUGACUUUUAAAGUUGCUGAGAAAAAUGGAUCCUGUUCAGGACACAAUUAUGGUGUUGUAGUGUAUAUUUUGAUGAGGUCCCUGGUUUGAGCAUUAGUCUGUACUGGCAUUUGUUUUUUAAUUCUGCUUCUAGUAAAUAAGGAUGAGAUUUCAUUAUAUUUCUGCUUUUUACAUAUAUUUAAGAUGUAUUUAUUAAACAUAGCUCCUUAAAUUUGUAAUUUCUUUAAAGCCUGUGAGAAUAGUAAAGGCAGUUAACAGUUUUGUAGGAUAAAAUAACAUUUGUGCAAUUGAUGUAACAAUAAGGAAAUUCAUUUCAUUUUUUUUUCAGGAACGAAAAAUGUUACUUUCAGUAGAAUAAGAAUUCAGACAAUGAAAAUAAGACCUACAUGUGUAAAUUAUUAUUUGACAGUUAGUGUAACAAUUUAGAUCAAAUUUUCGAAGAGAUUGUUGCUUGCUAUGGAAUAAAUGGAAUAUCACUGCAUUAUCACAUAAGCCCAGCACAAUUUUUGGCACAUCAGUAAUGUGCAGCAUUCAUAUUUAUACUAUAAUCGUUUAUGUCAAAGUGUAACAAGCUAUAUAUAAGUGUUAACUUUAUUAUUUUUCAUGAAAUCCAUGAAUGUUAUAAUUUAAAUUUUAGUCUUUGUUGAUUAAAUAGAUGGAACUACUCAUAACGUGUAAUAAAAAUUGCAUUUCCCCGCA